AUGGAGCCGCCGGGGAAGGGCGAGGAGAUGGCGGCGGCGCUGCGGGCGGCCAAGCGGGCGCUGCGGGCCGAGCUGCGGCAGCGGCUGCGGGCGCUGGGCGCGGCGGAGAGGCAGCGCCAGUCCCGCCUGCUGACUCGCAAGGUGCUUGGCCAUCCCAAGUACAAAGAGUCCAAGAGAAUUGCAAUCUUCCUGAGCAUGCCAGAUGAAAUCCAGACUGAAGAAAUCAUCCAGGACAUUUUUAAGCAAAGGAAGGAGUGCUUUAUCCCACGCUACAAGCCCCAGAGCAACCACAUGGACAUGCUGAAGCUGCUGUCAGCUGAGGACAUCUCUUCCCUUGCUCUGACAUCCUGGAAUAUUCUUCAGCCUGGUGAUGAUGACACUGCAAGAGAGGAGGCUCUUGCUGCUGGAGGUCUUGACCUGAUCUUCAUGCCAGGCCUUGGGUUUGACAGAAAAGGCAACAGGCUGGGAAGAGGGAAAGGAUAUUAUGAUACCUACCUUGAAAGAUGCAUGAAACACCCCAGGGGGAAGCCUUACACCAUUGCCUUGGCCUUUAGGGAGCAGAUUUGUGACUCAGUGCCUGUGACAGAAAACGAUGUCCAAGUAGACGAAAUCCUUUAUGAAGACUGCUGAAAGUAUCAUGAAGGGAGGGACCUGCCAAAGAUCCAUCCUGAGCAGAGGGACCUGCCAAAGAUCCACCCUGAGCAGAGAGUCCUGCCAAAGAUCCUUCACUCAUGGCUCUUUAAUAGUCAGUUAGGGCUUUGGGAGCAGUGAACUCUGCUGCUUAUGUGAACAAAAAUCCCCAACCCAUGUAGAUGUGCUAAUAGUAGUGAGGAUUGCAUUGAUUUGCUUCUAAUGCCUGGUGUAAAUUCUUACUCUACAAUCACUAGGAGCAAGAAUGUGAGGCUGUUUGGUAUGCUCAGGACCAUUUCUUCUCAUCAUGCUUUUGAGGAACAAGCCACUUCACAGUUAUUACUCUGGUUCCAAAAUUUAACUGUCUGCUGCUGGUAGUUCUGGGUCCAUUCUGGAAUCAGGUACUGGUGGUGGUGAAAGUUCUCAGUACUUGCUCUGUCCAUCUAUGAGCACAAGAAGAAGGUGCUAGGUAAAUCUUGCAGUGAACUAGGCAAAAAAUGGUGAUUGGGAAAACCCUGAACUGAUUUUAAGUGUGUACAGUAAUUGUGACUGUCUGCUUGGCACCUUGAAGAUGUCUUAGCACAAGAAGUGUGCCUCUGAAUUAAAAAUGUUCACAUCCA